AUGACGGCCGGCAGUCGUGCGGCCCGGGCUCUUUCAUUUCUCGAACUCCCGGUAGAGGUUCAAACUCAUAUCCUCCAGCAAUUGGCCUACUUGCAUCAUCAGUCGAUACGCGCGGUCCUGUUGACAUGCAAACACCUCCACCAACUUGCAUUGCCCUUGUCUGUCUACACCUACGAGAAUGUCACCUCAAAGAACAUGAGCCAGCACGCUCAGAAGCGCAGUCGCAAUCUCGACUUCCUCCGGUACAUCACCAUAACAAAGCCCGAGCUUGCGCAUAACGUGCGACGUAUAAGCAUUAUACACGUCUCCACAAGCCUCAUUUACCGGCUCGCCCCCACCAACAAAAGGCCGCUUGGGCCUACCAGCGAUGAGAUGGCUGUGUACACGGAUUUAAUAGAUGCAUCAGGUCUGUCCAGCCACAUCGAGAAUUGGGAGGCUGUCAGAGACGAGUGGCUGCGAGGUCUGGUCGACGGCUUGGUUGAGCAGCAAAUUGGUCUUCUGCUACUUGCAUGUCCGAGGCUCGAGACACUCAAACUUGGGACCCCGCUAUCGCCUCGGCUGCUGCCUCGCCUUAUCAGGGCGGCGGCGAGGCAUGCAAUGAUUUCCACAUCUGGAGCGCCUCCCGGGACCAACCGCCCCCUGCUUGACAGCUUGCGGCAAUAUUUUGGCGAGCCAGAAAGCCCAAAGACCUUGUUUCACUUCUUCAACAUUGGCAAAGAAUUCCUCCAACUGCCGCAGUUGCGGUCCUUCACCUGCCUUAGUCUGUCCAACAGUGGCCCGAACGGACACCUUUUCAAUGAAGAAGCCAGUCCUCCAGGCUGCUCAAACGUCCAGGAUAUGACUUUGCUCGACACCAACGUUACGAUAGAGGGGCUGAGAAGUCUCAUAUGGGCUUGCAGAGGGCUGAAAUCAUUCCAUUGGACUCCAGGCGAUAGUUCCUUCUCCGACAUGCAGAUCAAGCUGCCGGACCUUGCUCAGGCCUUGCUGCCGCAUCGAGAGACUCUCCAGCACUUGUACAUUGACUACCAAGACCGCUGGAGGGAAAUGGACUGGUACCGCAAGCGGGAAAACUUCUUCAUCGGCACGUUCCUGAAGGACAUGACCUCGAUGAAGACCCUACAUAUCGGCAUGGAGGCUUUCAUGGGGUUUACUGACCUCUGUACCAUAGGCCACGAGCAGAGUUCGGUGCCCGAGGAGGAGCGGCUCACUGAAAUUAACAAGACAUCUCGACUUGUCAGCUAUAUUCCCCCGAGCCUCCAGUUCCUCGAGCUUCAUGGCUGUACCCUGGAUAUAGUGCCUCAUGUCCAGCAUCUAUUGAAUCUACUUCAGACGGAAGAGACGUUUGCAAGCAUGCGGAAGAUACGCCUGCGUUUCAGUGCAGAUCAUAUUGAUGCCAGGGCCUUGGGUUUCACUUUCGACGCCAAACGGGUCGAUUUUGGUUAUUCGUUCCGCUUUCAUUCCUCGAACCCGUAA